CGUCAGAGCAGAACUUCUUCCCACAGAGAGAGAGAGAGUUCACAGAGGAGGACAGCUUCUCUUUCUCUGUUUGAUGUUGUGGACUCUUCAGCCGAGACAUGAGACUGCAGAGAGGAGCCUGCUGAAACAGACAGACAGACAUGGACAAACAGAAAGUGCUGGCGAAACUGAUCUGGGACCUGCAGUCCUUCCUGUCUGUUCUGGACUCAGAGAACUUGAGUUAUAUCGCUCAGGCUCAGAAGAAAUCUAUUUCAGAGCUGCUGUCCAAACUGCAAACGAACGACACUCCUGUGGAAGAUGCUGAGUACAUGAUCAUGAGCUGUCCAUCGUCUCCUUGCAAUGAGCUGACAGAUUCACCUUUAACAGAAGGGGUCGGGUCCUCUGAGCUGGUCUCAAAGCAGGACCCUCCUCUGUGGCUGAGGAACUUGAUCCAGGGCCCUGUGGUGCCGCCGCUCCCACCUGGAGGCUUAGGGGGCGAUGAUGAUGAAGAUACAUAUGAGGAGGCAGAACCUUACAUAGCUGACACCACCACGUCUAACACUGAGAGGGCGGAGUCAGACAGCAGUCACUACGAGUCAUACGGGGAGGAUGACGAUGAUGAAGAGCCUGUCAAAGACAGAGCUCACUACCUCCACUGGAGCGCCUCCCAGCCCUGCUUAAGACCCGUCCCAGAGUCCCGGCUGUGCGGUUACCUGUGGAGGAGGAAGUGGCUCGGACAGUGGACCAAACAGCUGUUCAUCAUCAGGAACGACGUGCUGCUGUGUUAUAAGUGUGCUCAGGACCUGCUGCCUCAGCUGGAGUUGAGCCUGCGCGGCUGUCAGCUCGUCUACAAGUCCAAGUGCAACAGGAAGAUCCAGCACCAGCUCAAACUGGUCCUACUGGGCUCAGAGUCUCUGGUGCUGGGAUACAGCAGCUUCCAGCAGGCCGAUGAAUGGAGGAGGGUAAUGGAAGAGGUGAGUGUUGGAAGUGAAGCAGAGACCAAGAGCUGCUCGUCUCUGAGCAAAUCAGAACAGCUGCUGUCCUGCAGGUCCAGUACAGUCCUGUCUGAGUCAGAGGAGGAGAAACCGUCAGCUCACUGCAGCCUCAACAAACACAAAGGCUUCCUGAGCGUGCUGAUGAACUGUCAGUGGCAGAGUUUACGCUGUCAGGUGGAGGCCGGUCUGCUCAACAUGUUCGGACAGGAAGAAGAAGAGGAUGAGGAGGUGGUGGUGGUGGGGGAUGGAGCGGAGGUGAAGAAGGAGCGGUCACCUCAGUACACCGUCCAGCUCAGGGGAUGUGAGGUCAAACCCGGACCUGACACCGACCACUCCUACAGGAUCACACUGAGCAUGCUCGGUGACCAGGUGGCCAUGCUGGAGGUCAGUAGUUCAGAAGAAAAGGAGCAAUGGUUAAAGCUGCUGCAGGACGGAGCUGCCAAUCACAGUCACCAUGUCAACAAUAACACACAGGAGCACACAGGUGGAGCUCUCAGUGGGCUGCAGACUCGAAAGUUUCCCACCUGCAACACCUACAUGGACGACCCUUUCCAUCUUGGCGGGGAAGUGAGAAGUCAACCAAUCUACUCCAACACCUCCAUACUGGAGCACAUGCUCAGCAGCUCUCAGGACUCUGUUCGCUGCAGCUCGGUGUCCUCCAGAGACUCUGUGGCCUACAGCAACACCGUCUUCACAACACACAGCAGGAAGUCAGCAGACGUGGAGCGAGCCGUUCAGAAGCUGGAGCUGACGGGGAAGAGGCCGGUGCAGCUGAGGGCGGGGUCAGAGAUCAACCUGGCGUCCGUUGGGAAGCAGAACAAACGCACGUCUUUCAGACAGUCGCUGGCCGUCUGCUCUGAGCGCGCUCAGGCGAGCUUCCUGAAUCCUCUGCUGCGACGGACGGCCUCUGCAAAGAACUCUCUGAGACGAGCUCCUUCAUCGCUCUUCAUUGAACACGGGAAGGUUUUCCAGAGGAGGAAGGAGUGGGAAACCAAAGCUGCUGCUUGAUCGUCAGAUCAUCACGUCAGCCGAGGAGCCUCCAAAUAGGCAACAUGUUUUUUAUUUAAAGUGACGAACUAUGAUCUGUUUAUAUCUAA